CAAGCUUUCACCUACUUAGGUGGUACAGUUUGUCAAUCCCAAUUGUGGGAUAUCUACUAGCGGAUCAUAAUAGCUAACUACAUCCCCAUAAAUGAAAGCAGAAGUUAAAAAUUUGUCUGUGACUAGGAAAUUAAGCAAGUUCCCAUGAAGCGGCAUAUUUAGAAAACAAAAGUUGUCCUCAAUUGAAUCAAAAACUGUCCAAUGAAUACAAACUUCCCUCCUUCUCGUCUUCAGGUGUCAAGUUUAUCCUGUAAAAAUAAGUGUGGUUUUUAUGGAAAUCCUUCGUGGGAUGGAUAUUGUUCCGUUUGCUAUCGUAACGCACAUCAAAAGCAAACAACACUCCGUCAAACGUCUACAGCUACAACAAAUUUGUCACAGAGCUCUGAUACAGAAGUUAAGCGCAAACAAAGCACUGGAAAAAACUCGACCAUCAAAAAUAUUUUCAAGGUUCCCCGAGAUGAUAGUCGUGAUCCAAAUCCAGUAAAUCCAGAAGAAUGUUUGCAAGCUGAACAAGAGUUUAAGGCCUUUCUGAACACUCUUCGAGCUUCUAUAAAUGCAGAUAUUUCCCGUCAUGUUUCAAAGCUUUUGGAACAGUUAGAACCUAUUCGUGGUUCAAAUAUUAAUCAGGCUUCAAUGAUUGUGCAAGAUUUUUACCACAACAUUUCCAACCGUAUUUCAAAUAAUCCUAUGUACUCAAGUUUAUCAGUACAAACCAGGGAUUCUAUACUAAAUUCAGUAGAGCGCUUUGUUACAACAUGGAUUUAUUUUUGGGCUUUUGCUUCCCCUACAACUGAUGAUGAAAAUGUAGACUUGAAAUUACAAGAAAAAAUUCGUUCAUUACACUGGGUAACUCCUUACCUACUUGAUUCUCCAAUCAAUCCAAAUUCCCCGGAAGAACUUACUCAUUUGGAUUUAGCUACAUUUGCUCUUAUCAAAGUGAAUACACUUCUAGCCUCUGAGGAUAAAUUGGAUCAAAUAGUUGAAUGCUGUCGCAGUGUCUUUGAUGCUUUAAAAGUUCACUAUCGAAAUUAUUCUGUUAAAACUCAAGAAUAUAUGUACAAUAAUGCUGCCACCAAUGAUGUAAACACUGGUACUAACAGUAAUAGUAAUAGUAAUACACCGUUGGGUUCUGUCUUCAAGCCAGGUAUGAAUAAUUCAACUCUACCGAAAACUUCUACUAAUCCUAUGCAUAAUACUGUCGAAGAAGAUAAUACUACAGCGAAUGCUGAUGAUUUCCUACCCACAUUAAUAUGGGUUGUCCUAAAUUCAAAUCCACCGUUGAUUUACUCGAAUUUACAAUUUAUUAUGCGAUUUGCUAAUCAGAAUAGAUUGAAUAGUGGAGAAGCUGGUUACUUCUUUACAAAUCUGUCAUGUGCUGUACAUUUUCUCAGAAAUCUAACACAUGAAUCACUUAGUUUAUCAGAAGAAGAUUUCGGCCGAUGUAUGCGGAAAGGUUUAGCACUGGUGAGACGUUCUGGUGAACCAUUAUCAGAGGGCGAGAAAAUGCUUACAGAGAAUGGGAUUCAUUUGGUGGAUCUAGAAGAUAGCCUUAACGAUUUAAACAAUAAAAUAGAAUCUGCUGAAUUAGAAAUGAAAAAAUUCCAUGAACACUUUCAAAAUGAAGUCAAUGAAAUACGAACAACUAUUCCAUUGAAGGUGAACACAGAUGAUUUAGAUCCACGACAUUUAGAAAAUCCUCACAUCCUUCUACUGGGACCACAGUGUAAACCUAAUCGACAAAAUCAAUCCUUACUAGAUACUGACUUGGAUGAGACAACCAAUCGUCUUCUACCUGAUCCUAUACUACCUGCUCCGUAUACGGAUGAUCAUUAUUCGAGAAAAGCUGUUUGAGAAAAGGUCUAUCAUCAUUGUGUGUGUGUGUGUGUAUAUGUACAAAAAAUGUGUGUAUUCGUAAUGCUAUUUAGUAAUUCUUGCUAUUUUUAGAAAUAAGGCUUGUGAAUAAUAUUACUUUCUUUUUAAUAUUUGAUUUAUCUAUAAACGAUUCCUAUUUCUCUUCAUAAAUAUAUAUAAACAUGCAGCAGCAUGUGCAUACUUAUACGUACAUGAGUGAUAUGACAAGUAAAUAAAUUAU